AUGGAUAUCCUCAAAAUCCUCUCCCGAGGCACAAAGCCAAACCCGAAAAACCAAACCGCAAAGGGUUCAGCCGCCGCAGUCGCAGCCACAGCAAAGCUCCCCUCCGCCGGCGCGGUCCCCCACCCGCAGCUCUUCAACGACCCGGUGUCUUCCUCCUCGAGGGGGAAGAAGAGGAAGAGGAAGAAUAAGAGUGGUGAUAAAGAUGCUGAAGAUGACGGGCCGGAAAACGACGACGAGGACGACCUAAGCGACGUCAACUUUUUCGCGCCGCCCAAGCCCAGGACUGAGGCUGUUCAGCAACACAAUGAAGAGGAUGGAGAAGACCAAAAGAAAAAGAAGAACAAAAAGCGCAAGGUCAAGACGCUGGACGAGGACGAAUGCAAGCAGAUUUUGAGGUCGCACAGGUUAAAAUUUACGUUGCUGUCCGAGUCGGUUGGUGGUGUUGCUGAGUUGGAGGCGCGGGCGGUAGGGGAGAAGAAGGAGAAGAAGAAAAAGUCGAAGGAGGGAGGGGAGGAAGAGGGCAAGGAAAAGGGGCCCAAAAAGGGAAAACUUGCGCAACUCUGGCCCCAGCCUUUGACUGCGUUUGGGCAGCUGAAGUAUGAUUAUGGGAUCAAUCAGACUUUGGCAGAUAAUAUUACACGACAGGGGUUUAAAGUCCCCACGGAAGUGCAGAUGGGCGCGCUGCCGCUUUUGUUGCAGCCGGGGACGGCGCUGGGGGAUAAGGAGAUGGAGAAGGGGGUGGACUUUUUGGCUGUUGCGCCGACGGGGAGCGGGAAGACGAUUACGUUUUUGAUUCCGGCUAUUGAGGGGGUUUUGAAGGCUAGGGGGGAGGUGAAUGAGGGGGGAGAGGUCAAGAAUGAACUGAGGGCGAUUGUGGUUGCGCCUACGAGGGAGUUGGCGAGUCAGAUUGUGAAUGAGGGGAGAAAGUUGGCUAUUGGGACGGGGGUGAGGGUUGUGUUGAUGAAGAGGGGGUUGAGAUUGCAGGCAGAGGGUAGAGCGGAGAAGGCUGAGGAGGAUAGUGACUCUGAGAAUGAAGAGGAGAAGCCAGAGGAGGCAGAGCACGUCCAGGGCGAGGAUGAGGAAGACAAGGAAGACAGUGACGAGGAGGAUGGCGACGACAAGAAGAAAGAUCAGAAAGAAAAACCUCUGGCGAGAGUCGACAUCCUCGUUACCACCCCGAAAAUCCUCCUCAACUUUCUGUCUGACGACGGCAAGCUCACCAACUCCAAGAGAACCCUCCCCACAGUCCGAAGCCUCAUCCUCGACGAAGCCGACGUCCUCCUCGACCCCAUCUUCCGCAAGCAAACCAUGGCCAUCUGGAAGUCUUGCGUUCACCCCGACGUAGCCCUGACCUGCUGGUCAGCAACAAUGGCCUCUAACAUCGAGGCCUUGGUGACAAAACACCUCUCCAAACGCGCCAAACACUUCAACAUCUCCCGCCCUCUCAUUCGUCUGGUAGUCGGCCUCAAAGACACCGCCGUUCCCAACGUAACCCACAAGCUGAUUUACACCGCCACCGAGCAAGGCAAGCUCCUGGCACUCCGACAACUCCUCCACCCAGCCUCCUCUUCCGACUCCGGCCCCCCAUUGCGCCCCCCAUUUAUAGUGUUUACCCAAACUAUUGACCGCGCCAAGGCCCUGCAUAAAGAACUGCAAUUCGACAUCCCCCUCGAAGCGGGCGGGCAGGCCCGAAUCGCAGUUCUUCACUCCUCGCUGAGUGACCAGAUCCGCUCCAAAAUCAUGACAAAGUUCCGGACGGGUGAAGUCUGGGUUUUGAUCACGACCGACGUCCUCGCCCGGGGCGUGGAUUUUGCAGGUGUGAACGGUGUAGUUAACUAUGACGUCCCUACUUCAGCGGCGGGGUAUGUUCACCGUGCCGGGCGGACUGGUCGUGCUGGGAGGGAGGGUGGUGUAGCUGUUACUUUUUACACAAAGGAGGAUAUCCCGUUUGUGAAGUCGGUGGCGAACGUCAUUGCUGCGAGUGAAAAGCAGGCUGGUAAGGCGGGCAGUGGGGAGGAGUCGGUCAAGAAGUGGCUUUUGGAUGCGCUGCCCAAGGUUGCGAAGGAGGAUAAGAGGAAGUUGAAGGUGAGGGGUGUCGAGGCGAGGAGGGCUGGAGGAAAAGAGGCGAGUAUUACUACGCAGAGCAGCUGGGAGAGGAGGAAGGAGAAUAAUAAACGGCAGGCGAUUGAGGCGAGUAAGAAGAGGAAGAGGAUGGCGUUGCAGGCGGAGAAGCAAGGUGGUGGAAAGAAGAAGGAUGAUGAUGGGGAGGAAUGGGGUGGGUUGGAUGAUUAG